AUGCGGGGAAAAACCAUCUGGAACCCUUACGAUCUCCUGAACGGGAUUCUAGAUCAUUCCUAUACCUCCAGACACCGUGCCGGUGUGUUUUUCGCUUCGGCUUCAUUCGCGUUUGCGACGAUGGGUACCUUGCCCUUUGCUGCAGAUGUGAUCUGUCUUGCACCGAAGUAUGUGAAUAUCAUUCGGGGCCAGUUUAUUUGUUUGAUUCUUGCGUUCGUGAUUGUGCCUUGGCGCAUCGGCAGUCUCGUCUCCAUCAUGACGGUCGACUACUUCCUCAUCCGCCGCGGCAACCUGCACAUCAGCGAGAUGUUCACCACGUCCAGGUCUGGUCGGUACUGCUACACUUAUGGCGUGAAUUGGACCGGCGUCGCCGGUUUCAUUGCCGGAUUCUGUCUCCCUCUUCCAGGGUUCAUCCAGAGUUUUGGUACUGUUACCACCAACCCUGCCGCCAUAUACAUGUAUAAAUGUGGGACGGAUCUACAUGUCUAA